AUGGAGGUUGUGAGGCAUAAACAAAAUAAGGCUCCCGAGGAUGUCGAGGUUGAUAUAAUAGGAUGCACAAAUAAUAAUGACACUACAACAGUUAAAAUUGAGGAUCCGGAUGCAACUGAAUGUUCCAGCUUAUUUGCUGACACCACAUCUGAUACCGAUAAAUGUUCUGGAUUGAGUGAUGCUGAAGUCGAAUAUCAGUUCGUUGGUGAUGCUGCUUUUGCAUCUGCUUACGAACCAUUUAGUACUGUGUUUCAUAUAACGAAGAAGAGGCUGACAAGCCAUUGGAGGAACUUCAUUCGGCCUCUCAUGUUGCACUGCAAAUGGACAGAACAGAGAAUCAAACAAAUCGAGUCUCAAGCAGGAAAAUACACCAGAGAACUUUCAGCAUACAAUCAGAGAAAGUUUCCUGGAAUUGAUCAAUCUGCACUGGAAGGUUUUGGUUCAAAAUCAUUGCCAUUUUCUAGUCAGUAUAACCUUAAAAUGGCCAUCAAGCGGAGGAGAAGAAAGAGAAUUGAAGAAGCAACCGAUAUAGCCUCAUACAUGUCAUGUCAUAACUUAUUUUCGUAUUUUGAAAACAGGAAAACCAUUGCAGAUGGUGCUUAUAUUGCCGACGAUUUUCCCAACACAGCUGAUACGGACCAACAUACAGAUUGCAAUGAUAAAUCCGGCAUUAAUAACGAUCAAUUGCUUUUCGAGUUCAGAGAUGAAAAUAAUUCCUUGGAGCAAGUACUUAGGAAGAUUGAAAUUGUGCAUGCUAAGGUUCAGAAACCCAGGAAUCAACUCGAUCAAGUUAUGUCAAAAAUUUUCUUGAAGUUUUCUUCCUCUGAGAAUUUAAGCUUCCUUGCUGUUUGUGAUGCUCAAACCAGCUCCACCCCUAGCCCUACUUUGUCAGCUGGCAACUGA